CGACGAUCAUAGUCAGCUCCUCUCUCCAGGCAGGUGUUCAUGUUUACUCUUGACCUGUCGAAAACAUGUGAAGGUUGCUUUCAGAACCAUGACACCAACAGGAUUUUAAGCGCGCAGCAGCACCGGAUCAGGUUUUCAGACAGUGUUGAGUCUGGAGCCUUUAUUUUUCCUCUGUCAGGAACUGCAUUUCUGUUGGUUGACCCCCAAGACCUCCUGGAGCAUUUUGAGGAAUCUGGACUCAUUGAGAGGAUAAAGACUUUUGUGCAAGUUCACCGGAACAGUUUCCUCCUCCUGUAUGCCCCCUUUAAUGGGAAAAAGGAAUUGGAAAUCUUAUCGGUGAUUCAACACAGAUUCUUUGGCAGCAAUCUCAGGAUCCUUCCUGUGCGAAACAACGCAGAGCUUGUCAAAGGAAUGUUGACAAUAGCCAAGGCCACCAGUAAGCCCCAUGUGGACCGAAUCCGUGAUCGGAUGUCUCUGGCUCGGGCUCACGUCGUUGAAAGCAGUCCUGUGUGGGAGAUGCUGAGAGACUCUCUCUAAAGCGCAGCAUAUAGUCCAGCAAUUUUUCACACACUUAACACUGUUUUGUGUUGUUUUAUUUGAUGCAUAGUACAAGUGUUACUUGGUAAAUAUACAAAAGCUAAUUUAAAAUAUGUUUUA